UCCCCCUCUUCGUGGAGGAAUGACACUAGACCCUGCGCUGUUCUUUUAUCUGCUCGGCCCUCUCCGGGUUUGCUGCUGGUCCUUCCCGGGUUUGCUGCCGAUCCUUCCACCUCCGUGGAAGGGCGGCUCCCCCUGCCACUUUCCCCACUUCUGCGGGGGAGCGGCAUACCGCCGGCCGGCUCUCUCAGGGGCUGCUCAGGUGUUCCUUCAGAUGUUCCCCCAGAUGUUCCUGGUGCAUGUUGUCUCUCUCCUCCUUUAUAGUCCUCUUCCACCAAUCCCAACUCUGCUACCCACACGCCGAGCAUGCUGCUCUCCUCCAAUCAGGAGCAGGAUCAGCUCCUGCAGCUUAUCAAACUGAUGAGGCAGCUGCGUAGAGGUUGUUUGGUCUCUUUCUCUCAGCACCAUAUUGUGGGAGAGCAGAUGCAUAGAAUAAGUCUUAAUUCCAGUAACUUAGUCUAGUCUCAGUUGCUCCCCAUACUUGCUUUGCUUUAUCUUAGCUCUUUUUGGUGUCAAGUGCUCCUUUGUUGUAAAUGGUGAUUCUCCACAAAGCAGGUGUCUCUGUUGGGUCAAGUGCAUGGGUUUGCAUGUGUGGCCUUUCUCAUUGGUGGGCCGUGUGCCCAUCAAGGGGCUGCCGCAGGGUCCAGGUGAUGACUGGAACCAUAAGCCAUCAAGGAAGUGCUCAGGUGCGUACAUCAAUGUGCACAGAGGGUCACGGAUCCCAGAGAUGUGUCAGGAGUGCUGUGAGUGGCUUUGUGAAACCAUGACCCCAAGAUGCAAACUCCAGAUUUUCUUUGGCAUUGGCGGUGUUUCUCUUAACAAUGCUGUUUUUAAAUCAAACAUUAUUUGGUAAAUAUUUUCAUGUAACAGGAUUUUGAAACCAAGUAUGGUACUUACAGGUGUUCCCCACGAUGUGCCAUCUUGGGUCUCCUCGCCCCACGUGGGGGUUGCUAAAGGUAUUUCGGUGUUAACGCUGGCACUGGAUCCCCGCUAAUCCUGCACCUCAGUUGGGUGCAGGUUCCUUCAGUGUCUGUGGCACUGCAGAGAAGGUGACGGGGAGAGCGGCCGUUGCAUGGUGCACGUGGCCUGGGGAGCUCCGCCCGCUGUGCCUGGGCUGUCUCUCCUUCACCCGCGUGAAGCAGUGGCUGCCAUCCCCUCGUUCAUUACAUGUGAGGACGCCGCCAUCCAAACACACAGAUGCCCCCAGACACACAGACACCCCAAACACAGACACCCCCAAACACACAGACGCCCCCAAGCAUACAGACGCCCCCAAACACACAGAUGCCCCCAAACACACAGAAACCCCAAACACACAGAUGCCUCCAGACACACAGAUACCCCAAACACAGACACCCCCAAACACACAGAUGCCCCCAAACACACAGAUGCCCCAAACACAGACACCCCCAAACACACAGAAACCCCCAAACACACAGACACCCCAAACACAGACACCCCCAAACACACAGAUGCCGCCAAACACACAGAUGCCCCCAAACACACAGAAACCCCAAACACACAGAUGCCCCCAGACACACAGACACCCCAAACACAGACACCCCCAAACACAGACGCCCCCAAACACACACGCCCCCAAACACACAGACGCCGCCACACAGAUGCCCCCAAACACAUGCCCCCAAACACACAGAUGCCCCCAAAUACAGACACCCCCAAACACACAGAUGCCCCCAAACACAUGCCCCCAAACACACAGAUGCCCCAAACACAGACACCCCCAAACACACAGAUGACCCCAAACACACACCCCCAAACACAGACACCCCCAAACACACAGAUGCCCCCAAACACAUGCCCCCAAACACACAGAUGCCCCCAAACACAGACACCCCCAAAUACACAGAUGCCCCCAAACACAGACACCCCCAAACACACAGAUGCCCCAAACACACACCCCCAAACACACAGACACCCCCAAACACACAGACACCCCCAGACACACAGAUGACCCCAGACACACGGCUCUCUGUUGCUGGAGCCCAGAUGUGGACACAGAUGUGUGCGAUUCCACAGCUCGGGCAUUUCGCUAGAAGCUGUCCUGUUGUUCUUGUCCAUCACAUGGAUGACCUUAUGACAGGAGCACGAGGAGCUGGGUGCAGGAAGAAUGAGAGGCUGGGAAGGAAUGAGCCUAGGCUAUAAAUAUCUCUAUUUUAGCAGUGAAGAAAGGACGAUUCUUUACCCCCAUCUCCCUGGUAUUUCCACGGGGGCUCAGCUGAGGGAGAGACUGUAUGUUAAGUUGAACGGUCAGAACCAUUUCCUGGAGACGGCGCCUUCAAGGGCGGGAUGGGACUGUAAGAGGGCUGACACAUGCCGGAGUUAGAAACGUGAGAGAAGUAGAAAGGCAAGCGUGGAUGGGAAGGGCGGGGGUGGGUCUCCAGCUCUCCACUUUGGCUGCUGUGUCUGAUAUGGCACUAGGACAAGCUUGUAUUUAAAGAAAGUUUGUUCAAACUGGUCUUUAAUUUUGUUUUCUCUGUGGUACUCCCUGAAAAUAUUCCACAUGUGUGUGUUGUCUGUCUUCCCCUCUGGAACAUAAGUUGAGGGCUGAGCUGGGUCAGAGCAGCCGCACCGCUGCUUCUUUGCACGGCACCCUCUCUCUCAGAGCCACAGGUCACUCCUUAAGCUGUGUGACUGCCCUGGGCCACCCCCCCAUCCCAGCUGAGUCCCGCCUCCCAGGCAUCCCUAUUGGGUACCAGUCCUGUGAGUGAGGCUGUCUGGAACCAUCCAGACCAGCCCGACCUCUAGAUGGAUGCCAUCAGCUGACCUCAGGCAACUUCCCUUAGAAUGAAAAGAAUCUCCCAUCUUCGCCCUGGCCAAUUCCUAACCCAUAAAUCUCUGAGAUGAAAUAAUUCCUCUCUGUGUGAAGCCGCUCAGAGCAGGUGUCGCUUGUCCUGCAGGUAACUGGGAUGGAGAGCAUCGGUUCCCCUCGGCUUGGGAAUGGUUGGAGUCCGGUGAGGUACAGGGCUCUCUGUCACACUGACAUUUGGUAAUAAAAGUAGCUGAUCUUGCAUUUGACUUAACUAAGUCGAGGUCACCAUCUCCAAGGGAAGGGAGUGGGUUGUACUGAGACCAGGUGUCGGGUGUCGGGAUUCAAGGGAAGACUGCGUUGAUGAUACUUUCUCAGAUCUCCCUUUGGGUGUCCAGUAUCCCAAGAUGGAACUUAAGGUCUCUCUCUGACGGGAAGCUCCCUCCAUGCCAUGUUCUCCAUUUCUCAUGGCGUCAGCUCGGGGCGGGGACCCAGCUGUAUGCCAGGUGCCUCGGAGCCCUCCCUGAUGGAUCUUUUUCUCUCACACUCCGUGUGAUGCCUCUGCAGAUGCAGUGAGCUCCACCAUCCGUCUGCUGUGCUGUUCACAGUCACCCUUUCCCGGUUGUUAGCUUCACUCUCUCCUCUCAUGAGAGUCCCCUGGGGCCUUUCUCUGCUUUGUUGUAUGCAAUGAGUGCACAGGUCUCUGCAGACCAGGUACCUGUCUCCUGCAUUGUGCAAGUCCAUGGGAGUGUAGACACCUACGGUUUGAUGGGUAGAAACUAUGUGAAUCCUUUUUUAUGCACGUUUUUCUCUUUUAUUGUGAUAUUGCAACAGUGGGUGAACGCCGGGACGACAGUUUCACAUUUGUGCAUUUAUAGACACAGAUAUUGACAAGUUCUACAUUUCUUUAGGAAACACCUACUUUCUUUUAUCUUGCUUUCUGUGUGAUAGGGAUGGUGCUGAGCUGACUUAACCCAGGGAGUUGCAUGGGGCUGGCACUGUGGUGUAGUGGGUGAAGCCACCACCUGCAGUGCCAGCAUCCCAUUUGGGCACCGGUUCAAGUCUUGGCUGCUCCACUUCCGAGCCAUCUCUCUGCUGUGGCUUGGGAAAGCAGUGGAAGAUGGCCCGGGUGCUUGGGCCCUUCACCCAUGUGGGAGACCAGGAGGAAGCUUCUGGCUCCUGGCAUCAGAUGGGCCCAGCUCCAGCCAUUGUAGCUAUUUGGGAGUGAAUCAAUGGAUGGAAGACCUCUCUCUCUCUCUCUCUCUCUCUCUCUCUCUGCCUCUCU